CAAUCAAAGGACAAAAUCGAAAAGACGACGAUGGAAAACAUUUCAGUUGUUGCAUAACAUCUGCAACAAAGUUAUUCCAUAUAAAAGGAAAGUUCAGUCGCCAAACCAUGUUCCAUUCACAUCAUGUCUUCCAAACAGGUGUUAUUUUUGCUGAUCGUUGCGGCUUUUGUAGUUUUCUCCGCGCUGGGCAGGCCGACGGAAAUAGUCGAUUCGGCGCUGAAAGAUAAUCCGCCGACUGGCGUCAUACGGGUCCGCUUUCCAUCGCAUUCCGGACUGGAAGAAGUUGAAAUUUUCAACCGAUUAUUAGAACCCUCAUCAGGUGGGAUGAAAACUGAGCAGCCGAAUAAUCAAAAGAAUCUCCAGAAAGGCAUCGGUUUAGAAUCAAAGGGAAAAGACCAACCGAUGGUGGAUUCCCUUAACCCGACGCCGGAGCAAAGAGGAAAUUUCGAGCCUGGACAGAUCGAUCCUAAUCAAGCGGAAGUCGAUGAAUCACAACAACAAUAACCAUAUAACUUAAUCGAGUAUGGAAUUUUUUCUUUCUAUAUUAAAAAAAUCCCCUACGACAACCUUUUAAGGGCGGAGUUGAUUGCGGUGAGUCACACACGCUCAGAUCGAAAAUUGUAUUGCUGAAAGGCUCUUGGUUGAAAAAUAAACAAGGAUUUUAGUGUAA